AUGGAGGACACUGCUGGGGACUUCCCACCAGUUCGGAAAUCCAAGUUGACGGUCGAUUACAAUGCUAUAAUAAAGGACGUUAGAAACGACCACGAUCAGAUGCUCCAAACCAGAAGUAUAUCGUUGAUCCCACAUUCCAAAGCUCAAAACGAUGAAGGCAAGCAAAUUGGGGAGGAAGGCUCCAUUGGCCCACCAUUAGCUGAGAUGUCCCAAAGGGCGCUUUCCUCAUUACAAGAGAAUAUAGGAAGAGAAAUGUCCAUGUCAUCUGGUGGAGAGGUCGCAGGUGUCGUUACUGGCAAGAACCCUAAAAGGGUCCCAUCACCUCACAUUUUUGCCUCAGAAUUAGUACCUGCAUCCAAAUUGCGCAAUCCUAUGAAGUCUACUGCCGAACUAACGCAACAGUUCUGGAAGGACCUAGAAAAUAUUUCUGUUAGAAAGUCAGGCCUUCCAGACGAGUUCAUUAAUUCAAGUGAUAUACUACGGAAAGUGGCGGUGUGGAUUGAAAAAUCAGUACAAAGCGUUCUUGAAAAAUCAGACUGUGCUCGCACUCCUUCAAUCCACAGAUCACUUAUUCAAAAUGACGGCAACUUAUAUGAGAAUAAUUGUUUAAGUGACUGCCUGCUCCAAAGCGUUUUGAAUAGAUAUGAAGAGAAAUCUUCAGCUGUUCGGUUCAUUUACGUUACACUUGAAGUAGAGGAGUUACAGCAGCAUGCAAUGCUUCGACAGCAUAUUUUACGGCAAGUCGUUAAUCAACUUCAUAUCACUGAUGAGGGGAUGAUAACGAAACUGAUAUCUUCACAUGACUCUGAUUUAAAGCUCUUGAUAGGUCUUACCAAUACGAUUGAUUUUUCAGACUUUAUAGAAAAUAAAGAACGAGAAGAAGGUUUAGGAAAGAUAAAAUCCGUUUUAGUUUUCAAAGUGAGAUAUUCAGCAAACGAAGGAUUAUUUGAUGGGAGAAUUCUUUCUGCAAUUGGAAUAGUCCAGGCACUACAAGCUUGUAUGAAGUUUAGUAAGCCGGUCAUUACGUUUUUCAUAAUCCGGAGAGCACGCUCUGUUGUCCUUGAACAUCGUCCCUCGCUGGACGACAGUAUAUUCAUCCCGUCCUUGUUUGAAGAAUCAAUAUCUUUCCGAGUAUACAGAAACAAAGUCUUUCAAAGUUUGAAAAUAACUAAAGCAGGAAAUCCAGACAACAUUUACGUGGAUUUUUGGAACAAAAAUAUGAUAACUGCUCUACAAGAUAACAAAGAAAAAUGUAAAGUCUCUGAAAUGAUAGAGAGUUCGUACACAAAUAAGCAAAGCAUUCUGAGAUGUAAGGAGAAUAUUUUAACCACGAUACUUGACCUUGCGGAGUUUGGAUCACUCUUGUUUCUCUUUAACCCACAACAGCCAACUUUCGGGUGA